CGCACCUUUGCAGCAGCAGCAGCAGGAGGGCAGAGCUCCCCGGUGUCCCUUGAGGAGGCGGCCAUGUUCUUCACGGAGGAGGAAUGGGCCCUGCUGGAUCCAGGCCAAAGAAAACUCUUCUGGGAAGUAAUGGAGGAAACGUACGAGACGGCCACCUCUCUGAGAGACUACAUUUCCCAGGAGGACUUGCGAGCGCCAGAGAGAUCUACCCUGCCUUUCCUAGGUGCCCUGGGGGCAGUUUUCCCUCCAGAUGGAAAUAAAAAUAUAUGGAGUAUGCCCUUCCCCGGGGCCUCUCUCCUUUCGUGCUUCCCCUGGCUGGAGGGAGAACUUGGCCUUUGCUCGUCUGCAGGAAAGAGCUCCCCCGUGUCCUUUGCGGGGGUCGCCGUCUUCUUCACAGAAGAGGAAUGGGCCCUUCUGGAUCCAGGCCAAAGAAAACUCUACUGGGCUGUUAUGGAGGAAAUGUUGGAGACCGCGGCCUCUCUGGGUGCAGAAGAAAUCAUGGCCCUGGCGGAUAUGGAACAGUAUCAGGAAGUUCUGCAGAAGAGGAAAAGUGGCACCGCUUCCGUGAAGCGAGGGGGAAUUUCCCUACCCAUGAAAUCCCUAUAUCCUCCCUCCCUCCCGCUCUCCCACCACUUCUUCCAGAAGGCCAUAUUGCUCCUGCUGCUGCUCAUGGAAAACCAAUGUGGCGGAGAGCAAGAUGUGACCGAGAUCAAGGAGGAAGAGAAGGUGAAAGAGAAAGUUCAUUUUUAG